UGCUUUUCUUCCUGGUUUGUUACUUUCAAAGCGGCCGCUGUCACACGACCCAGCCCCUGUGUUCACACCACAGUAGACCGGCUGGAAACAGGAACCCAGCAGAGACGGGCAGCCGAUCAGAAUGCAGCGGCCCCUGGAGGCGGAACCCUGUUUUCCGAGUGAGGGCUGGGAAGAGUUGCGAGGGGGAAGAGAAACAGAGUGUGUGAUCUGAGUGUGACAGCUUGACUUCUCAACAUGGAGAAAGAACAAGUUUCCAAACGUUUGUAUGUUGGAGGGCUUGGCCAUACGGUUUCCAAGGCUGAGCUGGAAGAAAGAUUUGGGAARUUUGGGCGUGUUUUGGAGGCAGAGAUUAUUACCAGGAAAGAUGAUCAGGGGAACCCUGUGAAAACCUUUGCCUACAUCAGUGUCAACAUUUCUGAUGCAGAUCUUAAAAAAUGCAUGUCAAUUUUAAAUAAAACAAAAUGGAAAGGGGGCACACUGCAAAUAGAGAUGGCCAAAGAAAGCUUUUUGCACAGGCUCGCCAUGGAGAGGGAGGAAGCAAAGCUGCAGAAAGAAAAACCACAGAGCAAUGACCAAAUGUGUCUGUUGGAAUCACUGAAAAAGACUGGAGUUGURGACUUUCACAUGAGAGCUGUACCAGGUACAGAGGUGCCAGAUCAUAAGAAAUGGGUUGUUGGAAAAUUUGGCAGAGUCUUGCCUAUCCUGCACCUCAGGAAUCAACAGAAAAAUAAAGUGGUGAAAUAUGACCCCUCCAAGUAUUGUCAUAACCUUAGGAAGCUGGAGCCAGACGUGGCACACGCAGCUCCUGUCUCUGAGCUCACCUGGCACCUGGAAGGGGGAGAUGAUGGCACGAGCAGGAAGCGGCAAAGGGAGUCCCCUGGCAUCAGGAAACCACCGAAGAAACUGAGGCAGCUGGGCAGCGAGGCCCUGAGCAGAGCAGCUCCAUCCUCUGGGUGCCCAUCACACCCCAAACACACAGACUCACCACAGCUCGAGCACAGAUCACACCCCAAACCUAGUGAGSAGUCAGAACUGCCUCCAGCAAGGAGGCCUGGUAGGAAAAUAGCAGGGAGAGCUUUGUUGUCAGAGCAAAGCAAAGCCAAUGGCAUUACAGCCAAAAAUGAUAUGAGCAUUUCGGAUAGUGACAUUGAUUCUGAAGAGGAGAUCAGAGCUAUGGUGAAGAAAGAGACAGAAAGACAGAAAGCUGGAAGUGUUGAGACUGAAAGUGAGSACUUGGAAAUUGUUGGGGAUAAUUUUGAAUUAAAAUACAGUAGUCACUGGUUCUUAAGCAAUUCAGAUGCCACAAAGAAAGCUAUCAAAGGAAGUAGCAGAGAGAAAGAGACUAUGGAGUGUGAUAAUGGUUAUGAUUCAGCAGACACAGAUGAAAUUAUUGCUGAAAGUAAAAAUCCAGAAGAUUCUAAACAGGGAAAGGUGAAAAAUAAAGAAAUAGUAGCUAAAAAAGAAAGUGGUUUGGUAAAUGGCUCCUCACUGAAAACUCGCAAUUUAAAAGAAAAAUGCAUUGAAAAAAAAGGGAAAAUGAAAAAAUCCAAAAUUGCUGCCUUGCAGAGUACAGCAGCCAACAGUACAACAGAGACAYGUGACAGUGACAGCUCUUGUUCAGACUCUGAGGAAGGGCAGUCUGAAAUCAGCUCUGAUUAUGAGUCCAUGAUGCAGAACUGUUACCGCUUAGACCUUACCUUGGAUGACUUAAAAGCAUUGGCUACAGAAAACAGUGAUGCACUGGCAGAGGGGUCAGGCAGUGCACAGAGUUCUUGUCAGUCCAACGUUGAAGAUAAUCCCAAGGAUAGUAUUGUAAAUAAACAAAAACUUUCUCAAUUUCACCCUGCAGUUAAAAAAAAAAGCAUCUGUCCUGAAGAGGUGCUGGCUGAUAUUUUAGCAGGGGAAGAGGAUGCUGUUGAGGAAAACUCCAAGGGACAAAAUAAUUCACAUUUGAAAUAUCAGCCCUUCAGAGGAAUGGGGUCCCUUUGUGUUAAAGAGUCAAGUAAAGACAACACUGGGUUAAAGAAGAGAUCUGUAGAAAGUUUGGGACUUGAAGCUUGUACAUCAUAUUGUGGGGAGGAGUCAUCUAAACAUCAGCCAAAGAACCGUCCAUCRUGCUCACUUGAAGCCAGCAGCAAAAAGAAACACAAAGCACCUUGUGAGCAGCAUGAGGAGCUAUCAGCUGCUGCCUCCUCAGCAGGUCAGAGACUCCCUGAUUCCAAGCCUCAUUUGCAAGGGAAGAACAAAGGUGUGAGUUCUCUACAAGACCAAAAUUCAGAGCAUGAAGCUGCUGCUGCCAGWACGGGUGAGAGUGAUGGGAGCAGUGACACGGACAGUCAUGCUGCAGGGGCCCAGGAACAUGUUAAACAGCAGCUGAAGCGCCCAAAAUUGAUUUCCAAAACAUUAAAAGGGAAUACAAGUAAAAAAAAUCCAGAAUGUGAAGGUAAUAAAGUUGAGAAAGAGAAGACAAGUGUUGUGGAGGAUAAGGAGUCUUCUCGUCAUGCUGCUGCUUCAAAGGAGCCCAGUACAAUAGAGAAACAGCUCCAGGACAACCAGAGGAGGCUGGCAGCACUGGAAGAGAGACACAGAGAGAGGGAAUUGCAGAAGAAACUCAUUCAAGGAGCUCUUUCAAAUCUGGAUAGGCAGCCAGCAGGAAAGCACAAACACAUCAUAUUCGAUUCCGAUGUGGAAAACGAAGCUGAAGUGGAUGAGAUGUUGAAAAAAGAUGCAAGUUUGGGAAAGAUGCAUGGAGAAGCUAAAUCUGCUUCCAAACCUUCAGGCAGACUGUUUGAUAGCAGUGAGGAUGAGCAAGAGGAUACGGACGAUGAGCGAUUCAAAAUUAAGCCCCAGUUUGAAGGCAAAGCUGGUGAAAAACUCUUGAAGCUGCAGUCCCGCUUUGGCGCCGAUGAAAGGUUUCGCAUGGAUGCUCGAUUCCUUGAGAGUGACAGUGAGGAAGAAGGAGAGACAGACAGCGUGAAGGCUGAUGAAGAAGAGGAGCUUGCUGCAGAGAAAAAGAAAAAUCUGCAAAUACUGGGGAGCAUCCUGAAUAUCAAUCUGGAACAGCCCAAGCCAAAUAAAACGGGCAUGAGUGUGAAGAAAUUCAAAGAUAUUAAUGCSCUCCGUUAUGAUCCAACAAGAGAGGACCAUGCAGCUUUUGAAAGGAAACCAAGUGCUACAGAAAAGAAGAGUAAAGCUAAAAGGAAGAAGAAGGAACAGAGUGAGACACUGCCUCAAGUGUCUGAAGAAAUCUAUUACGACAUUGCUGCUGAUUUAAAAGACUUGUUUGGAUGUUCAAAGAASAAACCWGAAAAAACUGAGGAAAUACCCUGGGACAAAGAGGAUGCRGAGGACUCUGCCCCASCUGACCAUUUGGGACCUGUGCCUGGGAGUGACGCAGCUCAGGAGUCUUUCAAGUUCUCCUUCUUUGGAGACACGGAGAAGGAGGGCAUCAAAGAAGAGCCUUAUAUAGUUGAAACAAUAAAACCUGUAAAAGUGACAUGGCAAGAGGAUCCACGUUUCCAAGACAGCAGUUCUGAGGGUGAUGAUGAGCCUGAGACAUCAGAAAUGGAAAAGGACCAAGAAAUGUUUCUUUCUUUACCGCACACAGAUAGUGCUAGAGUUUUCUUCUUCUUCAAAGAUGAUGAACGCCUAAGAGAGGGCCCAAAGUUGUUUUGUAGAUCAACAGACCUCAGUGAAGAAAAAGAGAGUUGGGAAGACAGACGAAGAUUAUUGCUUGAUGAAUGCCGAAAGAAGCAUAAGGAUGCCAAAAGGAAAGUGAAAGGAAAACAAUAAAUCUUUUACAGAUCAGAAGGGUUUCAUGUCUGUUCUUUGAAAAAGUGGUCAAACAAUGUUACAUUUGAAAUGCUUUCAAAUAWCUCACAGGAAAAAAUAAUAGCCAAAACUGUUAUUGUUUGUGAGGGGGAACAUGUUUCUUCUGUCAGUUCAGUGUUUCUAUCAAGGUUUGAGGUUUUUUGUUUCUAUGGUUUAUAUGGGAGUUUCCCUUUUCAGGACUUUUGAUAAUUACAUCAUGUA